GAAUCAAAAAUCCCUGAAUCUCAAAAUCCCGCCGCCACCGUGAAUUUUUACAUGUUUCUGUUCAAAUAAAUGAGUAUUUGCGAUAUUUUCCUUAUAAUUUGGUCAAAAUGUCAAGCUUGAGCGCAAGUUCUCCCCCCGACGAUACAUUUAAGAUUCUAGUCGCCACAGAUAUUCAUUUAGGAUACGCUGAAAAUGAUCCGGUCAGAGGGGAAGACAGUUUCAAUACAUUCGAGGAAAUAUUGGAAUUAGCAAAAGCAAAUGAUGUGGAUUUCAUCCUUCUCGGUGGAGAUUUAUUCCACGAUAAUAAACCAUCAACGCUGUGUAUGUUCAAAUGCAUGGCUUUGCUACGAAAAUACUGCAUGGGUGAAAGACCCAUUUCAGUGGAGUUUAUGAGUGAUCCGAAUGUAAAUUUUCAACACUGCUACGAGCGUUUGGUGAAUUACGAAGAUCCGAAUUUGAAUAUCUCUAUACCAGUGUUUUCAAUACAUGGAAAUCACGAUGAUCCUACCGGUUCUAUUCAGAUAUCUUCGCUCGAUAUACUCAGCGUUUCCGGUUUAGUCAACUAUUUUGGUAAAUGGACCGAUCUAACGGAUGUGAAGGUUUCACCCAUGUUGCUUCGUAAAGGAGCUUCGAAAUUGGCCAUUUAUGGAUUGAGUCAUAUUAAAGAUGAACGUCUCGCUAGAUUAUUCCGGAGUAAUAGCGUACAAUUUUUCCAACCGAGUGAAAGUACGAACGAAUGGUUUAAUAUUUUUGUCUGUCAUCAAAAUCGAGUCGAUCGUGGAAUCGCUAAAUACGUACAAGAAACAGCUUUACCUGAAAUUAUGGAUUUAGUCAUAUGGGGUCACGAACACGAGUGUAAAUUAUUGGACGAAACUUGGAAUCCUAUUAAAGAGUUUCACGUCAUUCAACCUGGCAGCUCGGUAGCUACUUCAUUAUGUGAAGGUGAAGCUAGAAAGAAACACGUUGCUUUGCUGCGAGUCCAUGACAAGAAGUUCAAGAUAGAUCAUUUACCUCUGAAGACUGUUCGACCGUUUAUAUUUGAAACUAUUAAGCUGUCAGAAUGUAAUAUCCGUGAUGUUGAUCCUAAUCCAGCGGACAAUGUUCAACGCUACUUAACGGAGAGAGUAGAUUACUCGAUUGUCAACGCCAGUGAUCAAAUUACAGGCCACCCCAAGCAACCCACCCUACCUCUAAUUCGAAUUCGCGUCGAGUACGUCGAUGAAUUGCAAUGUUUCAACACCAUUCGUUUCGGUCAACAGUUCCAAUCCAAGGUAGCUAAUCCUACCGAUAUGAUAAAGCUAUUUAGAGAAAAACCCAAAGAGAGAAAAGCUCGCGAAGGUUUAGAUAUAGAAGGCAAAGAAAAUAUGGAAGAAUUUUUGGAAAAUGAAGAAGUAGAAGAUCUAUGGGAAAUAAAAAUGAACGCCAUCAUAGCGAAGUAUUUCAAUGAAGUGAAUACCGCUAAACAGAUGCAAGUUUUGUCAAUCAGAGGUAUCUCGGAAGCUGCUGCUAGAUAUAUCGAUAAAGGAGAUAGAGACGCGAUCGAGCGAAUUUUCCAACACCAACGUAAUAAAAUCCAGAAGUAUUUGUUAGAUGAGAAUAUACCUUUGGAAAACCUCGACGAAGCUAUAGCCAAGUAUCGUGAAGACAGAAAACAGAAUCCAGUCAUCGAAGCUGAAGAAAAUAAAAAAGUAUUCUCCGACGAUUUCGGUGUAGGCGGUGCGAGUACUUCGAAUAAUGGUGGAGAUGCGCUUCAAAUGCACAUUAGUGAUGAUAGUGAUGAUGGUUUUAACACUACAGCUCCACCAGCGACCACAACUAGUCAAAGAGGUAGAGGAAGCAGAGGAGGCAGAGGACGAGCUGCUGCUGCACCGAAAGCUCCAUCUACUAGAGGUCGAGGAUCUAGGGGUGGUCGAGCUAGAGGCACUGCUUCGGCUAGUAGUACGGUUACGCUUACUACAACGGUUCAAAAAACUCAAUCUCAAAGACCCACUCGGGCUAGUACGAGUACUUCUAAUCAGAAUUCCAAGCUCAAUCGGCUCCGAUACGAUGACAGUGAUAGUGAUUGAUUUUUUUUUGAUAUCUUAAGAGUAAUCAGAGUUAAGGAUACCGUUUAUAAGUAUAUUUUGUUAUUUUUAUGCAUUUGAUAAUUUUUAAAAUGAAUUAUUCGUUCCAAUUUUUAUUAAAUAUUUUUUUAAAAAACA